AUGGUAAAUCGUGGUUUUGAUGGAGCUUCUCAAGGGAAUCCAGGACUUAGUGCAUAUGCAUUUUGCAUCAGCGAUGAUAGAGGGGAUCUUCUGUAUGCACAGGCCAAGAAACUAGGCAUAGCUACCAAUAUGGAAGCUGAGACAGCAACAAUACAGGAGGCUAUUAAUUAUUGUUACUCUAACAAUUUGCAGCAUAUUCAGGUUGAAGCUGAUUCACUGGCAUUGACUAACAUUAUUCAGGAUGUAUGGAAAAUACCUUGGCAGCUAGUGGAGAGGGUAGAGGUGAUGCAAAGACAAAUGAGGCACCCGAACAUAGACAUCAAUCAUCUUUUCGCAGAAGGCAAUCAAUUAGGCGUAUUUCUUGGCAAACAUUGCUCUUCAACAUGA